AUGUUGGACAUUAACGCAUUUUUGGUGGAAAAGGGAGGCGACCCAGAGAAGAUCAAGGCUUCUCAGAAGAAAAGAGGUGCUUCCGUUGAACUUGUGGACGAAAUCGUGGCCGACUACAAGAACUGGACCAGAAUCAGAUUCGAUUUGGAUGCCUUGAACAAGAAGACGAACGCUUUGCAAAAGCAGAUUGGCCAGAAGUUUAAGGCCAAGGAGGAUGCUUCCGAGCUUUUGGAGGAGAAGAAGAAUUUGGCCAAGCAGAAGGAGGAGCUCACCGAGACUGAGCAAAAGGCCGAUGCCGACUUGCGUUUUAAGGUCAACCAGGUGGGUAACAUCGUUCACGAGAGCGUUGUGGAUUCUAUGGACGAAGCCAACAACGAGAUUGUCAGAACGUGGAAGCCUGAGCGUUUGAGCGAGAUAGGUCAGGUGGCUGCUGCUACCAACGCACCUGCUACCUUGUCUCACCACGAGAUUCUUUUGAGAUUGGAUGGUUACGACCCAGAGAGAGGUGUCAAGAUUGUUGGUCACCGUGGUUACUUCUUAAGGCAAUGGGGUGUGUUCUUGAACCAAGCAUUGAUCAACUACGGUUUGUCCUUCCUUUACAGUAAGGGCUACCUUCCAUUGCAGGCUCCAGUGAUGAUGAACAAGGAAGUGAUGGCCAAGACCGCACAGUUGUCUCAAUUCGAUGAGGAGUUGUACAAGGUCAUCGACGGUGAAGACGAGAAGUACUUGAUCGCUACUUCUGAACAGCCCAUCUCUGCGUACCACUCCAACGAAUGGUUUGAGAGCCCUGCUGAACAAUUGCCAAUCAGAUAUGCCGGUUACUCUUCUUGUUUCAGAAGGGAAGCUGGCUCUCACGGCAAAGACGCGUGGGGUAUCUUUAGAGUGCAUGCUUUUGAGAAGAUUGAACAGUUUGUGUUGACUGAGCCAGAGAAGUCGUGGGAGGAGUUCGACAGAAUGAUUGGGGCUUCUGAGGAGUUCUACAAGUCGCUUGGUUUGCCAUACAGAGUUGUUGGUAUUGUGUCUGGUGAGUUGAAUAAUGCUGCUGCCAAGAAGUACGACUUGGAGGCGUGGUUCCCAUUUCAGAAGGAGUACAAGGAGUUGGUGUCGUGCUCCAACUGUACUGAUUACCAAUCAAGAAACUUGGAGAUCAGAUGCGGUAUCAAGCAGCAGAAUCAGAGCGAAAAGAAGUACGUGCACUGCUUGAACUCGACCUUGUCGGCCACCCAGAGAGCGUUGUGCUGUAUUCUUGAGAACUACCAGAAGGAAGACGGAUUGGUUGUGCCUGAAGUCUUGAGAAAGUGGAUUCCUGGUGAACCAGAGUUUAUUCCGUACACCAAGGAGUUGCCCAAGAACAGCACCUCAAAGAAGAGAAACUAA